ACCGUUAAGACAGCGGCAUCAUCAGUGGUAAAAGUUGGACUGAAAGUACAGAUUCAGUGAGGAAACUGAUGCGCGUAAGAAGGGAUGCCAGCCAGGCGUGGCUUGUGUUUGAAUAUCCAAUGUGAGAAUGCGUGGGGAGUAUGUAUAUAAUAGGGUCUUUCCAUCUGAUAAACAGAGAUAUCAAACUGAUGAUUAUAGCAAAGGGCGAUCAAUAAAGUGAAAGGACGCUGCUGAUUUUGGAGGAGCACGCCGCACGCGCUGGUACGCUUUGGACUUGUGUAAACUUUUCUCCCUACUUGAGUCAACGAACAUUUUAAAUGCCUUCGCUUAAUGUGACAGCUGUGCACACAAUGGCAGAGGUCGGGAGUUUUCUGGGGACACUCGACUUGGAUUUACAAACCUUUCCUGCACUCGUGACUAUGCCCGCGCCGGAGUCUCCAGUGGGCUUGAAUGAGCAGCUGGGGCAGAUUGAAGGGAGGCUGCAGCGGGGGUCACCGACGGAUUUCGGGCACCUCAAGGGGAUCCUGAGGCGGCGGCAGCUCUACUGCAGGACCGGCUUUCAGCUGGAGAUAUUCCCCAAUGGGACUGUGUAUGGGACAAGACAGGACCACAGCAGAUUUGGUAUCCUGGAGUUCAUCAGUCUGGCAGUGGGUCUGGUCAGCAUCAGAGGGGUGGACUCUGGACUCUACCUCGGCAUGAAUGAGAAAGGAGAUCUCUUUGGGUCGAAGAAGCUGACAGCAGAAUGUGUGUUCAGGGAGCAGUUUGAGGAGAACUGGUACAACACCUACGCUUCGACGCUGUACAAGCACACAGACACGGGACGCUUCUACUACGUGGCCUUAAACAAAGACGGUUCGCCCAGGGAGGGCAACAGGACUAAAAGACACCAGAAACUCACCCACUUCUUACCCAGGCCGGUGGAGAUUGAAAAGAUCCCCCAGGCGUACAGGGACAUAUUCCAAUACAGGUGACCAGUGCUUACACUUAGAGAACUGGUUACAUUCGGAGGAACAGAAAUAAAAGAAGAGGAGAGAGGGGGUGUUGUGGAUAUGCUGGACCUGGUACAGAACUGUUUACCCUCAGCUCCCGCUGAGGUCACUGUGUUUGCGCCUCGGCCCACUGCCAAGCACUGACAUAAACAUUGUGCAUGUUCCUGGAUGUCGGUGGGAGAAGUUAUCUUGUAAAAACACUGCAUGAACAGAGGAGGCCCGCUGUGGGGUGAUCGAAUCAGGUGCCGUGUUUUCUCAAUAACCACUUUUUAGAGGUAAAUGCGUAGAUACUUGAGCGAAUGGUUUUGAGCAGCACUAAAACUGGUGGGGUGAAAAAAGAAUGGUUGACUAUGAGAAGACCAAGAAGAGACUUUUAGGAGCUCCAAAUGACGGGAAGCACCGCAAAUUUCACAUUGUGCAUUUGUGCACUGUACACAGUUAAAUGUAUGAAACAUACACAGAUUGUUAGAAGAAACUGUAUGCUACAUGCAUGUUAAGUGACAGGUUGGGAUAGUCAGGUACUAAAGAAGAAGAAUGUAUGUGAGACAGAGAACAAACUUUUUAAAGACGAACUGGAGUUUUAUAUAAGUUGUCUUCAAAAUCAAAGAUGAAAGAGGGGAAUAAAAUCUCUAUGAUAUGAGAGAGCACUUACUGCACAUCCCCAGUCCCCGCUGUAGGCUCACUUAUAGACAUCAGAGUCUAAUGAUCUCAUUCAUCACAUUUAAAUAAAAUAUUAAGCGGAAUCUUGUAAAAAUUGUAUGCAGAACAUGCGAUUAAGAGUUGGGACAAAAGCACUUCUCUGACUGUGGUUGUAAAGAAUUAUGAUGGGAUUUCUUUUUUCUUUUUUUAAGGAUGGUGACUUGUAAUGUUCAGAGUGUCAGGAACAUUACUAAAAAUGCAAGCAGCAGAGGUGUACAUAUGGGUGAUCCUAUUUAUGAGAUGUACAAUAUAUUUAUUUUCUACAUAUAAAGUAUAAAUAUAAAUCUAUAUAUUUAUUUAUUGCAAAGACUUUAUUUUGUAAUGAACUCGGACUGUAGAUUCUACUGAAAUUACACAAAGAAACGGGAAUGAACAUGACAAUAAAAUUGUC